UUCGAUUUUUUCUUUGGAAAAUUCAUGUGAUUUUGAUUUCAAAAAUGUUACAUCAUCUUGUUUUAUUAUCACGACAACAAUCUGCAAUGGGCAGAAUUCUUGCAAUCACGGCGAAAAUUCUGCAUUCAAAAAGGAAUCAAAAUUUUUAUGCCGUGAUUCAUUCGAUGAAAUUUAUCGAUUCAAAUUUUAAUGGUCAACAACAACGACGGAAACAAAUUCAUCAGGAAUUAAAUGUCUGGAAACGUGUCUUGUGGCCCGAAUCAAUCAAAUUAUUAAUUAAUCUUCAAAAAUCGUUAAUUCGGUACAACGAUGGCAAUCGACAAUCGAAUAAAAGUGGUCGACAACAAUCAAGCGGUGAUAAUAACCGCAACAGCAGCAGCAACAACAACAACGAUAAAGAUGAUCCGAAUCGUGAUGAUAAAAAACUGAUGGCAUAUGGCCUAGUAUGGAUGGCCCUCGGUUAUACGAUAAUAACAUUUGUAUCAUUAAUGUUUCCACCAUCCAAUAAACCGGAUGUAUUACGUUUCGUAUCAUGGAAUGAAUUCUAUUAUCAAAUGUUAUCCAAAGGAGAAGUAGAAUUAAUCGUUGUCAAACCGGAUCUAGAUUUAGUUACCAUUUACUUGCAUGAAGAUGCCAUUAUUCGGGGUAAAAAGGCUCCAUUUCGUCAAUAUCAUAUGAAUAUCGUUGACGUGAAAAAAUUUGAAGCACGAUUACGUGAAGCUGAAGCUCGAUUGGGAAUUAAACCUGAUCAAUCCGUUCAGAUUAUUUAUGAACGAAAUCAAGAAAAUGUUUGGUUCGCUCUGUUGUCAUUGUUGGUUUUUGGUGCAAUUGUGUCAAUGUUUAUGCGUAAUAGUUCAAAAUCGCAGAUGAUUGGAACGAAUAUGUUUUCCAAUCUAAGACGUGCCAAAUUCACUAUUGUCGAUCCAUUAAUCGGCGAUGGUAAAGGUGUUCGUUUCAACGAUGUAGCCGGUCUGAAAGAAGCAAAAGUUGAAAUAAUGGAAUUUGUUGAUUAUUUAAAAUCACCUGAACGAUUCAAAAUGCUAGGAGCAAAAAUUCCGAAAGGUGUACUACUUUUAGGACCACCUGGUUGUGGUAAAACUAUGCUCGCAAAAGCUGUGGCAACUGAAGCAUCGGUACCAUUCUUGGCUAUAAAUGGUUCAGAAUUUAUUGAAAUGAUCGGCGGAUUAGGUGCAGCUCGUGUACGGGAUCUGUUUACUGAAGCCAGAAAACGUUCACCAUGUAUUGUUUAUAUUGAUGAAAUCGAUGCAAUUGGCCGUAAACGUAGCGGUGAACGUAUCGCUGGUGGUGGAUCUAGUGGUGAAGAAGAACAAACAUUGAAUCAAUUGCUAGUUGAAAUGGAUGGUAUGAGUCAACGUGAUGAAAUUAUAAUGUUAGCAUCAACGAAUCGUGCCGAUAUUUUGGAUCGUGCAUUAUUACGCCCGGGAAGAUUUGAUCGUCAUAUUCUUAUUGAUUAUCCAACGCUAGAAGAACGAAAAGAAAUAUUUAUUUCACAUUUUAAAUCGAUAAAAUCGGAAAAAGAACCCAAAUUCUAUGCUACACGUAUGGCACAAUUAACACCUGGAUUUUCUGGGGCCGAUAUUGCUAAUGUUUGUAAUGAAGCUGCAUUACAUGCUGCACGUGUUGACAAAAAAUUAGUACAAUCAGAUGAUCUUGAAAUUGCUAUUGAACGUGUUGUUGGUGGCCCAGAGAAACGUACCGAUGUAAUGGGACCACAAGAAAAACGUAUCAUUGCAUUUCAUGAAUGUGGCCAUGCACUGGUCGGAUGGCUAUUACCGAAUACGGAUGCUUUGCUCAAGAUUUCAAUUGUUCCACGUACAACGAAUGCAUUGGGAUUUUCACGUUAUUUACCAUCUGAUCGUAAACUUUAUACACAACAAGAAUUAUAUGAACGAAUGUGUAUGGCCCUUGGUGGACGUGUUGCUGAAGCACUAACAUUCAAUCAUGUUAGUUCUGGUGCUCAGGAUGAUUUGAAUAAAGUGACAAAAUUAGCCUAUACAAAAAUCCAGGUAUACGGCAUGGAUCCAUUGGUCGGAAACGUUAGUUUUGAUUAUGAAGAGAAUAAAUUUGGUCGUAAACCAUUCAGCAGAAAAUUGGCUCGAUUAAUUGAUGAACGUGCCCGAUUAUUAGUUGCACAAGCAUACAAAGAUACAGAAAAAUUAGUACAAGAUAAUCGUGAUAAAUUAAAACUAAUGGCUGAAGAAUUAUUGAAACGAGAAGUUUUAAAUUAUACUGAUAUCGAACGAUUGAUUGGAGAACCACCGUAUGGUAAAAAAAAUCUUGUUGAACAAUUGGAUUUAAAUUCAUUGAUUGAUACGACAUCUGGUGAUGAUGAUGGUACAUCAGCAACAAAUCAAAAUGAUGAAAAAUCUGAAAAUCAGAUGCCGCCAUCAUCGUCGUCACCAUCAUCAUCAUCAUCAUCUGAAUCUGAUCCAACAUCGUCAUCAUCAAAUUCGACAUAACAAGAUAGUGAUAGUGAUAAAUAAAUAAUUUCCGUUUUCCGUUCAUUGUAAAUAAAUUUUUCAUUUUAUCUUAUA